AUGCGCUUCUCUACCAUUUUCGCUGUCGCCUUCGCCGGCCUUGCUGCCGCCCAGACUUCCACUGGCUCUGCUAGUCCUCAGACGACCGUCCCCGCCAGCAGCGUUCCCGACGCCACUAGGGCCACUUGGUGCCGCACCCAGCAGCAGACCUGCCCCCAGCUGUGCGGUGGUGACAUGGUUUCCAACACCUGCAACUCGGAAACUCUUGAGUACAACUGCACUUGCAACAACGUUCCCAAGCUCAACGUUUCGGACUUUCAGCAGACGCUGCCUUCUCUCGAGUGCGAGUUCGCCAAGGCUCAGUGCGUCACCGACCACCCCGACGAUGCCGACGGCCAGAAGGUCUGCCAGUCCGUCACCUGUGGCAACAAGAAGGUCUCCUCUCAGGCCCAGGCGAGCAGCAGCAGUGCCGCCGCUUCGUCCACGACCUCGGGAUCCUCCAGCAGCUCCAACACGGCUUCUGCUUCUUCUGCCUCUGCUUCUGCCACGGAGAGCGGCAACGCUGCCGUCAACCUCGCCAUGAACUACGGCUCUAGCGCUCUGGUCGCUGGCGGCUUUGCGCUUUUCGGUUUUGCCCUGUAG